AUGGAGAACAGAAUUGAUAAUCUUGAUAGAAUAUCGGCAUUGCCGGAUUUAGUAUUGCACCAUAUUUUGUCAUUCCUGUCGCUGAAACAAGCUGUUCGAACUAGUGUAUUGUCUAAAAGUUGGAAAGAAACAUGGCAUACAUGUCCCAUUUUAGUACUUGAUGAGCACAGUCAUGGUGAUUUUGCAAGGGCAAAAGAGGAGUUGAAGUGUAUAGAACAAACUUUGCUAAACCGUCACAUGGAGAUGAUAAGUUUAAGGAAGCUCAUGAUUAGCUUUUCUUGUUUUUGGAAUGAUCCAGAAUUUGCAGCAUUGGUCGAUCGAUGUGUUUGCUUUGCCAUUGGAAGUAAUGUCAAAGAGCUUAAACUUCAAUUACCAUUUUUCUGGGGACGAUACAAUUUGCCUCAAAUUGUUUUUUGUGCAAAAUCAAUUGAUGUGUUAGAGUUGUAUCACUGUAAUCUGUCCCGUCCAAGAAUUGGUGUGCAGUUGUCUUUGAGAAAAUUGUGUCUGGUGCCCAUUGAUUAUCUGACAAUUGAAUCAUCUAAAGGCUUUAAAAGCCUAGAGCUAUUUAGUCUUAGUGAACUCCAUGAAGUCGAGAUAAGUAACAAUGUUGAACUCAAAAAGGUGGAGAUCAGUGCAUUGAAUGUUCAUUCAGUGACUAUUACUGAUAUGGAAACAUGUGUGAUCAAUAUAGCCUGCUGUAAGAAUCUGAAAUGCUUACUAUUAUCAGAGCUUUCAAUAACGGAUGAUUGGUUAUGUAACGUAAUUUCAGAUUUUUCACUCCUCCAGUUCUUAAGCAUAGCUUAUUGUCGUAAGUUAAGGAGUAUCAAAAUUUCAAGUCCUAGUCUUAAGGAAUUGGUCAUCAAUGGAUCUGAUUUGGUUGAAGUAAAGCUUGAGACUCCUAAUUUAAGUAUAUUCAGAUUUAGGGGUCUUCCAAUAUCCUUUACUUCAAAUGCUAUGGCUUUGUCAGAAACUGAUCUCUACAUCUAUGGUAAUAGGGAUAUUCAGGAUUUAGUUAAGUUUACCGAACUUCUUGCAAACUUUAAUCAAUGUUCUGAAGUGCUGAAUUUGCAUCUUCGCACGGGUGCAGUUGUCAUUGUUCCUAGAGAAUGCAGGCAAAUCUUACAUCCCCUUUUAUGCGGUGUCAAACAUUUGAACCUCCUUAUAGGUGAUGAUCUGUUGGAUCUUACGAUUCCCGAACUAGUGGACAGCUUGCUCUGGCUUUCACCUCAUAUAGAGACUAUAUCGAUGAGUUUUCACUUAGGUGACAGUCAUAAGUACUCUUUUCAGGAACUAUUGUUUCAGUUCUCAUACAAGGAGCAGCUUAUUCACGAAGGAAAGACUCCUAGUUGUUGCCAAUCCCUUCCCAUUUCAUGUUGGCAGAAUUGUCUCGAGGGAGUUAAGAUUGAACAUACUGCGAAAUUUUUUGCUCGGCCUGCUUACAGAGAAAGUUUCUAUUUUCAAGACAAUAUCUGGAAUGAGCUUCAUCAUCUUUAUUUGAAUUUGGGGAAUAAGUUUAGUUAUCUGUUUGAUGGAGAUAAAUANUUAAGUGACCAAGGCUAA